AUUAUCUUUGUUCUGUGAAUUGCAGUUUCGACGAUAACAGUGUACAAUUAAUUGGAGUUUGACAAAUCGAAAUACAGAAUGAGGACCACCGAAAAUGCCGUUCGAAAGGCGGUGGAAAAUCACUUAUGCGAACCGAUGGAAAUACUGAGCAUCACGGACCGUUCGUUCUCCGAAAAGGGAUUGAACUUCCUAAGCGAUAUUGAGGAAAUCACCGUGAAGUACCGUAGAACUCCGGAGGGAAAGGAGGGUUCGGUGGUCUUCAUCGUCAAAUUGGAACCGUCGAACGAAUUUCCGAAACAAAUGGUUGAUGCGCAGAACACGAUCCUCGUGGAAACGAGGAUGUUGCGCGACAUUCUUCCAAAAGUGAAGCAGCUGAUCGAUCAUCCCAUAGGGCCACGAUUAUGGUACUACUGUGAGGACGCUCGGGCCUUGAUAAUGGAGAAUUUAAUCGAACAGCGAUUUUUAAUGCAGGAUCGCCAAAAAGGACUGUCUUUCGAACAUUGCUGUUUAGUUUUGCGAAUUCUGGCAAAAUAUCACGCAGCCACGGUUGCCAUCCAUGAAAAGAAUCCAGAACUGGUGGAACAGUUCAAAGGCAACGGCAUAGUGGCAAAGGAGUGCAUAAAAUCCUUCUUUCGAUUAAUGGAAGUGAGCCUUCUGCGAAUAAGCGAGCAAAUAAAGAGUUGGCCGGAUGAGAAAUGCGUGAAAGCAGCGCCGAAGAUCGCCAAAAUGGCAGAAUCGAUUGUAAAUGAUUGCAUUGAAGCGUACGAAUACGAUCCCGAUGAGUUUUGCGUUGUGAAUCACGGCGACUGUUGGAUAAACAACAUUAUGUUCAAGGAAAAUGAGAAAGGCGAACCUGUUGACCUACGCAUGGUCGACUACCAACUAUCCGGCUAUUCCUCCCCAGCCAUCGACUUGAUCUAUUUCCUAAACACUUGCCCGGAGCUCUCGAUCAAGUACGACAAAGACGAUUACUUUGUCGAGCUAUACCUGAACACCUUGAAGGAGACAAUGAAGCAAAUUGGCUGCAAAACGAAUGCACCGAGCUUGAAGCAAUUAAAAGCGUCGAUGCACAAGAGAAGAGCAUACGCAGUGUUCGCUGGACUUGUGCUUAAACUGCGCAUGAUAGCGAACAAGGAGGACACGGAGGACUUUACGCUGGUGCUACAGACUUACGGCGGUGAGACUAGGAUGAACGUUUUCAAACAUCCGAACGCGGUGAAAAUGGCGAAGAAAAUGAUCCCUGCGAUGGACGAAAGAGGCUACUUCGAUUGAACUUAGUAUCUUAACGAACAUAUUUGUUCCAAUAACUGACCGUUAUCGGACGUAUAGUUAAAAUUCAAUUUUAUGAUACACAGAUAAAAAUCAAUUUUGUAAUGCAAAUAGUUAGAAAUCGAUCACACGAUACGCGAAGUUAUAAAUCAGUUUUGUGACACAAAUAGAUAGAAGUCAAUUUCAUAAUACACAAUUGUUAGGAAUCAAAGUUUUUAAUACAAAUAGCUAAAAUCAUUUGUAUGAUAAACAUAGUUAAAAAUCAAUGUAAUACGCUAAGUUAGAAGAAAAAUGUUGACGUGCUUUGCUCUAAUGAACGAUCUAUCAUUUUGUGGGCAGCGCACGGUGUUCAUAGUUAACCGUAAUAUUUCGCUUAAAUCGCGGAAGAGAUUUUUUCCACAGUAUUUGUAUAAUUUAGGUACAUAUUUUACAGAAAUAUAUUCUAUCACAGUUAUUACAAAUGGAA